AUGGAUGAACUGACUGGCAACUUCAACACGGUGUUGAUUACAGGUGCUCUUAUUGGUUAUUGGAUCAACGCUCUUGAGCUACCAAGCAUGUCAGAUUCAAAUGUGAAGUGGAUCGAUGGGCUCCAGUUCUCAUCAUUGUACUGGCCUCCACCCCAGGAUGUGGAGCAGAAGAAGGCACAAAUUUUGGCCUAUGUCGAGUACUUUGGCCAGUUUACAGCUGACAGCGAGCAAUUCCCUGAAGAUAUAGCUCAGCUCAUUCAAAGUUCCUAUCCAUCAAAAGAAAGUCGCUUGGUAGAUGAAGUGUUGGCAACUUUUGUUCUUCAUCAUCCGGAGCAUGGUCAUGCAGUUGUACAUCCAAUUCUUUCACGCAUCAUAGAUGGGACACUGUGCUAUGAUAGGCAUGGUCCCCCAUUCAGCUCCUUCAUCUCUUUAUUUAGCCAUACUUCUGAGCAAGAGUACUCAGAGCAGUGGGCCUUGGCCUGUGGAGAAAUUCUUAGAGUCUUGACUCACUACAAUAGGCCAAUAUUCAAAGUUGAGCGCCAACAUAGUGAAGCUGAAUGUAGCAGCACAUCUGAUCAGGCAACAUCUAGUGAUUCCACAGAUAAGAAAUCUAAUAAUUCUCCAGGAAAUGAAUCUGACCGGAAGCCAUUGAGGCCACUAACCCCGUGGAUCACUGACAUAUUGCUAGCUGCACCUUUGGGCAUUCGAAGUGACUAUUUUCGAUGGUGUGGGGGUGUAAUGGGAAAAUAUGCUGCUGGUGGAGAAUUGAAGCCUCCAACUACUGCUUGCAGCCGAGGAUCUGGGAAGCACCCACAGCUUAUGCCUUCCACCCCCAGAUGGGCUGUUGCCAACGGAGCUGGAGUUAUAUUAAGUGUCUGUGAUGAGGAGGUAGCUCGUUAUGAGACAGCAAAUUUAACAGCAGCAGCUGUUCCUGCGCUUCUGCUACCUCCACCAACAACACCCUUGGACGAGCAUUUGGUGGCUGGCCUGCCCCCUCUUGAACCAUAUGCUCGCUUGUUCCAUAGAUACUAUGCAAUUGCUACACCAAGUGCUACACAGAGGUUGCUUUUUGGUCUUCUCGAAGCACCACCAUCAUGGGCUCCAGAUGCACUUGAUGCAGCAGUACAGCUAGUUGAGCUACUUAGAGCAGCUGAAGAUUAUGCUUCUGGCAUGCGGCUUCCAAAGAAUUGGAUGCAUCUGCAUUUCUUGCGUGCAAUUGGAACUGCAAUGUCAAUGAGAGCUGGUAUUGCUGCUGAUACAGCUGCUGCUUUGCUUUUCCGAAUACUUUCCCAACCAACGCUGCUUUUUCCACCAUUGAGACAUGCCGAAGGAGUUGAAGUACAUCAUGAACCACUAGGUGGCUAUGUAUCAUCAUAUAAGAAGCAGUUGGAAGUUCCUGCAUCUGAGGCCACUAUCGAUGCCACUGCACAAGGCAUUGCUUCUUUGUUGUGUGCUCAUGGCCCUGAUGUUGAGUGGAGAAUAUGUACCAUCUGGGAAGCUGCCUAUGGUUUGCUACCGCUAAGUUCAUCAGCAGUUGAUUUACCUGAAAUUGUUGUAGCUGCCCCGCUUCAGCCACCUACACUGUCAUGGAGCCUGUACUUACCAUUAUUAAAAGUAUUCGAGUAUCUACCUCGUGGAAGUCCAUCUGAAGCAUGCCUGAUGAGGAUAUUUGUGGCAACAGUUGAAGCUAUACUUAGGAGAGCUUUUCCUUCUGAAAUAUCAGAGCAGUCUAGAAAGCCAAGAAGUCAAUCUAAGAACCUUGCUGUUGCUGAACUUCACACAAUGAUACAUUCACUCUUUGUUGAAUCCUGUGCCUCAAUGGACCUUGCCUCCCGGUUGCUAUUUGUGGUGUUAACUGUUUGUGUCAGUCAUCAAGCUUUGCCAGGAGGCAGCAAAAGACCAACUGGUAGUGAUAACCAUUCCCACGAGGAAGCCACUGAGCAUUCAAGAUUAACAAAUGGAAGAAGCAGAUGUAAGAAGAGACAAGGCCCUGUUGCUACGUUUGAUUCAUAUGUUCUAGCUGCAGUUGUUGCCUUAUCUUGCGAGCUCGACCUGUUCCCUUGCAUUUCUAAGAACGGAUCGCAUUCAAAUUUAAAGGAUUCCAUGAAGAUUAACAAUGGGAUCAAUAAUGAGCCACGCAGUAGCAUCAGCUCAGCAAUUCUUCAUACUCGCAGAAUUCUUGGCAUCUUGGAAGCCCUUUUCUCCCUGAAGCCAUCAUCAGUUGGUACCUCAUGGAGCUAUAGCUCAAAUGAAAUAGUUGCAGCAGCUAUGGUUGCCGCUCACGUUUCUGAGUUAUUUCGUCGGUCUAGGCCGUGCCUUACUUCACUCUCUGCAAUGAUGAGAUGCAAGCGGGAUCCUGAGAUUUCUACCAGGGCAUCAUCCCUCUACCAUUUGAUUGACUUGCAUGGUAAAACAGUGUCCUCCAUUGUGAACAAAGCUGAGCCUCUUGAAGCUCACCUGACCCUUACACCAGUAAAGAAGGAUAAUCAACAUCACUGUGAGGAAAACAAUACCAGCUCAUCGGAUAGUGUCAAGCUGGAAAACAAGAAAAAUGGUUUCUCAAGACCACUCUUGAAAUGUGCAGAAGAGGUUCUACUGAAUGGCGAUGUUGCAAGUACAUCUAGGAAAUCCAUUGCAAGCUUACAGGUGGAAGCAUCUGAUUUGGCAAACUUCCUUACCAUGGAUCGGAAUGGGGGGUACCGAGGUUCACAAACUCUCCUAAGAUCUGUAUUAUCAGAGAAACAAGAGCUGUGCUUCUCUGUUGUCUCAUUGCUCUGGCAGAAGCUCAUAGCUUCUCCCGAAAUGCAGAUGUCUGCAGAAAGUACAUCAGCUCACCAAGGAUGGAGGAAGGUUGUGGAUGCACUUUGUGAUGUUGUUUCAGCAUCACCAACCAAGGCCUCAACUGCUAUCGUUCUCCAGGCCGAGAAGGACUUGCAGCCUUGGAUUGCUAGAGACGACGAACAAGGUCAGAAGAUGUGGAGAGUCAACCAACGUAUAGUGAAGCUUAUAGCUGAGCUUAUGAGGAACCAUGACAGCCCUGAAGCUUUGGUGAUACUUGCUAGUGCCUCUGACCUUCUACUUCGUGCUACUGAUGGAAUGCUUGUUGAUGGUGAAGCUUGUACUUUGCCACAACUUGAGCUUCUCGAAGUAACUGCUCGAGCAGUCCAUCUUAUUAUUGAAUGGGGAGAUUCAGGUUUAUCAGUUGCUGAUGGCCUUUGUAAUCUGCUAAAGUGCCGUCUAUCAACCACCAUCCGCUGCCUUUCUCACCCAAGUGCACACGUGCGCGCGCUCAGCAUGUCUGUCCUCCGUGACAUCCUGAACAACGGAUCGAUGAACCCCUACAAGAUCAUCCAAGGGGAACAACAGAGGAAUGGCAUCCAGAACCCGUCCUACCGGUGCCUGGCCACAGACAUCAUCAACUGGCAAGCGGACGUUGAAAGGUGCAUAGAAUGGGAAGCCCACAGCCGCCGUGCCACCAGGCUGACGCUCGCCUUCCUCAGUGCGGCGGCAAAGGAGCUCGGCUGCCCUCUCCCGUGCUGA